AUCACACAAAUAUUACAUAGAUUUUCUCAUCUGUACAGAACAUACUCCUCCAAACCAGAACAACUCCCAUUGAUUCUCUCUCCUUCGCAAAACCAGAAAAGCUCUUACAGUAAGAGCUUUUUCUGGGUCUCCGGACAUGGCUUCAAUCCAAUACGUCGUCAUUCUUCUCCUCAUCACCUUCAAAUCCCUUUCUCUCUCCCAAUCACGCCUGCAAAUAUCACCAGAAACUGAUCACUCCUUACCCUUUAAUCCUAUCUCGAUCAAUCGGGAGAUCCCAAAAGCCGACGCAUCGUAUUGUGACAGCUGGAGAUUGUCCGUGGAGACCAAUAACGCCGGAGCUUGGGUUCAGAUUCCGGAGAGGUGUGUAGAUUUCGUGGAGGAGUACAUGACCGGCGAUAAGUACUCGUCGGACAUAGAGGUCGCCUCUGAAUUUGCGUCGGAAUAUGCAAAGACGAUAAACGUCGCCGGCGGCGGAAAGGACGCUUGGGUUUUUGACAUUGACGAGACGUUGCUGUCUAAUGUUCCUUACUAUCAGGUCCAUGGUUUCGGAUCAGAGAUCUUUGAUGAAAACUCUUUCAAUGAGUGGGUAGAUUUGGCUGAGGCCCCUGCCUUACAAACAAGUUUGAGGUUUUACAAAGAACUCCAACAGCUGGGAUUUAAGGUAUUUUUGUUAACCGGGCGAAGUGAAUUUCAAAGGAACGCAACAGAGAAAAAUCUGUUACAUGUUGGAUACAGAAAUUGGGAAAGGCUUUUCUUGAGGGGACCUGAUGAUAUGGGUAAAAAGGCCAGUGUCUAUAAAUCUGAGAAGAGAAAGGAGUUAGAAGAUGAAGGUUACACCAUCCACGGAAGCUCUGGAGAUCAGUGGAGCGACUUGCUCGGAUUUGCAGUGGCCAAACGGUCUCUUAAACUACCAAAUCCAAUGUAUUACAUUGCUUAAUGAUAAAAAGUGAGAAUUAUACAAUUUUAUCACAUCACUGUUAUGAUUUCUUAGCAUAGUUCUUAGAGUUUCCAUGGCCAAUUAAUCUGUUCUUGAGCUUUCGAGUGUUUUAAUGUUACAUCUUAGGGUCAGUGGACCUUCUGAACAGGUAGUAAGAUAUCGACAAUCUUAUACACGUCACCUUCUUGUACCACCUUUCUAUACCACU